AUGGCUACGAUUCAACACCCUCUUCUAGGCCACAUUGAAGGCAACAAGAAAAAUGGCCUGGUGGAAUUUCUAGGCAUUCAGUACGCGACUCUCGCACACCAAUUCGCUCCGCCCGUUCCCGUCGACCGGAAAGACUCCGAUGAAUCAAUCAACGCUACAUCAUAUGGGCCAAGUGUGGGAGGUGUCGAUGGAUGCGACUCGGAGUUCGGCCUGAUCCAACACAAACUUCCCCGCACGCACUUCGCCAAGUCUGCCACGCAGGGAUUGAAUCUCAAUAUCACGCUGCCCAGUGUAGAUGACUCUUCCAAGAGCCUGCCAGUUCUAGUCUUCCUCCAUGGUGGCGGCUUCGGCGCUGGAUCAUCCUCAUGGCCGCAGAAUCAGCUUGCCAAUCUGGUAUCCAUUUCCAGUGAAUUGGGGCUUCCUGUGGUUGGAGUUAGUAUCAACUAUCGGAUUGGCCCAGCGGGGUUUUUGACAUCCCAAGAGCUGCGCGACGCUGGGUUUACCCCCAACAACGGUCUUCGUGACCAGCGUGUCGCGCUGCAGUGGAUCAAAGCUCACAUCAAGGGUUUUGGCGGUGACUCGGAAAACAUCACACUUGUUGGACACAGCGCAGGAGGUGUCUCUGCCUCUUUGCAUCUUGCCAGUGAAGAGCCACUGUUCAAACGUGUAGCCUGUCUAAGUGGUCAAUUCCUGGCUGUGAAGCCUCUCCCAGAUCCGGUUCAUGAACAUUUCUAUGCCGAGUCUGUUCGAAUUCUCGGCUUAGAUAACCUAUCACCUAGUGAACGGGUGUCUCGUAUACAAGGAUUGAAUGCAGAUGAGGUGGCAAAAAUCUCAGCGUUCCCAUCUCGUCCGAUUGUUGACGGGGAUAUAUGCCUUGAGAUGCCUUCAGUGAAGGCUGUCGCCGGUGGAAUCCCAACCACGCUAAAUCAAGGGUGGUGUCAGGACUUGUUUAUCGGGGACUGUCAAUUCGAUGGAUCUAUUAUGGCAGGUGCCUUGGACCACCGAAAAUCAGGCAUCGGCAAAGCAUUCGGCGAGCACUUGGAGAAGGAAGUCAAGGACAUUCCUGGCUUGGCGGGUAAAAUCCUCUCGGCUUACACCAUCAACAGCGGGAAUAAUGAUGACCAUUCGUUGCACGGGGUUCUUCGUCUGUUGAAUGAUGUAUUUUUCUAUAUCCCAACUGUCUACCUGGCCCAAUCAUGGAAGGAUGGAGCCGCCUAUGUCUAUCGAUUCAAUUCACGGAACCCAUGGGAAGGACGUUGGCAAGGCGAGGCUUCGCAUAUAACCGACCUGACUAUGCUUUUGCACAAUUUUGAUGAGUUCUUGACUGAAGAACAAAAAGAAGCCGGCCGUGAUUAUACCCGAGACUUGCUGACAUUUGUUUCCGGCAAGAAACCUUGGCAGGCGUUCGAUAGACAUGAAGCAUUCGAAAGAGAGUAUGGUACUCUUUCGGGCGGUCGCAGGAAGUUCAUUUGGGAUAUCGUGGAGGAGAUUGAGCCCGACCGGCUCGCGUUUGUGCUGGAACAGUUCAUUGCAAGAGGAUGA